AUGACCAGCUUGAGCUUGAUGGACUGCUCUUUCCUGCUACUUCUCUCCACGACCGCCUGCUCUCUGGACUGUCACUUUCAAAGGAGCAGCAGCAACCGGGAGAUUUUACAACAUUUAGAAAACCUAGGAGGCAAAUUUCCUCUGGGAUGUUUAAAGGAUAGGAACAACUUCAAAUUCCUCCAGGUUUCAAAAGCUGAUGAGUUUCGAAAGGAAAGUGCUCUCGUUGUCAUCCAAGAAAUGCAGCAGCAGAUCUUCAAUGCUUUCAACCUGAAUGUCUCCCAAUCUUCUUGGGAUGAAAGCAGCUUAGAAAGAUUCCUAAGUGCACUUUAUCAGCAAAUGGAGAAGACAGAGAUGUGCCUGGAGCAGGAAAUCAGAAAGGAGGGCCAUUCAUCCUUGCAAAGAAAGAAUACCAGACUUGAAAUAAAGAAGUAUUUCCAAGGAAUUCAUGACUAUUUGGAAGAUCAAAAAUACAGCCACUGUGCCUGGGAGGUCGUCCGUGUAGAAAUCCGAAGGUGUUUUCUGUUCAUUGAGCAGCUCACAAGAAGACUCAAGGACCAAGAAAUAGGUCAAUUACAUAACUAA